AUGCUGCGUUGGGUGUGGGCGGCUUGGCUGUGCAGCCUCGCUGCUGCGCUGCUUGUUGCGUGUGAGCAGAGCAGUAUUGUGCUACGAGGGCCUGCGCCAAAGCGUCGAGUGUCGCGUUCUGAGCUCAAAGCAUGGAUCGAUGCACACGCGCAGUACGUCGCGAAUAAAUAUCCCCAAGGCAUCGCGCGCCGCAGCGCCGUCCCUGCGUCACUGGCCAACUUUCGGCACGACGGGAUGUGGACGGUGCACCUGAGCGUCGGCACACCCGGAAAUACACACACGGUGAUCGUCGAUACGGGCUCGGCGGACCUCUGGCUGUCGUCCAAGUCGUACAACACCCACAACUCCAAGACGUUUCAGCGCGAUCAGGAGCAGUUUUCCCUCUCGUACACCACCGGGAGUGUCAAGGGGUACGCAGGAAGCGACCACGUCUCGAUCGGGCACGCUGUCGCGCAGAGCCAGCGGCUGGGCGUGGUGACCAACGCGGCGAACCUGAGCCUGCCGAAAAACAUUACCGGCAUCCUCGGCCUCGCGUUCCAAAGCCUGUCAGUGAUCAACGCAAAGCCGUUCUGGCAGAAUGCGAAUCUCGAUGCGCCCGUCUUUAGUCUGUACCUCCAGCGCGACAACACGCUGGGCACGGCCGAGUACGGCGACGCGGGCGGCCUCUUGUCCUUGGGCGCGCCCAACGCGUCGCUCUACGACGGCGACAUUAACUACAUCAACGUCGAGGACGCCAAGCACUGGCUCAUUCCCAUGGACGGCCUCGCGGUCGGCGGCAAAAGCAUCCAUCUUCGGGGGCACACGACCGCGAGCUUUGACUCGGGCACCGCGAUGAUUGGCGGCCCGAGCGACACGGUGCGCGCGGUGUACGCGCACAUCCACGGCGCGGUGCCCAUGGCCACGAAUCCCGGGCACUACUCGUACCCGUGCUCGCUGCGCCCGAAUAUCUCGUUCUCGUUCGGGAGCCGGCAGUACUAUGUGAACCACGCCGACUUUGAGGUGCUGGUGAUCGGCCCCUCGAGCACGAACUCGUCCGAGAUGCGCUGCCUCGGCGCGCUGUUUGAGCUGAGCGGCGAUCCCAGCCUGGCGCGCUGGCUGAUCGGCGCGGCGUUUAUGAAAAAUGUCUAUACGAUUUUUGACGGCGGCAAGACCAAGCGCCUAGGCCUUGCCUCGCUGCGCGACGAGCACAACAACGGCACCGAGUCCUCGCCCGCGGUCCUGACAUCUGGCGUGGCCGCCCACGCGAGGCCGCCCCUCGCGCUGCUUGUUGCACUGCUGUUGCUGAUGGUCUAUCAUUGA